AAAUUAGUAUUAAAUACUAGAAUAUAUACUACUAUUUCAAUACUAUUAGAUAUAAAGGCAUUGAUUUUUUCCACUGUUGAACACAUUGUCAGUCAAUUUAUUUUUAGUACUAAUUUAGAGUCCAUUUGAUUGAAGUGUAUAUCAAAUUCAAUUGAAUUGUUUGAUUACCCGAAAAAUAUUUAUUUCAAAAGUGAUUAUAAUAACUAACCGAUUAAUUACCCGAAAAAGACUACAAACCGCUUAUCAAAAAUAAUGGCAGCAAAAGGUACAGCAAUUGGUAUCGAUUUGGGAACCACUUACUCGUGUGUCGGUGUCUUUCAACACGGAAAAGUUGAGAUCAUUGCCAACGAUCAGGGAAACCGUACGACACCGUCGUAUGUGGCGUUUACCGAUACCGAACGUCUGAUUGGUGAUGCGGCCAAAAAUCAGGUGGCCAUGAAUCCGUCGAAUACGGUAUUCGAUGCCAAACGGUUGAUUGGCCGCCGUUUCGAUGACUCAUCGGUACAGUCCGAUAUGAAACACUGGCCGUUCGAUGUUGUCCAAGAAUCGGGAAAACCGAAGAUCAAAGUCGAAUAUAAAGGCGAAAGUAAGUUAUUCUUUCCCGAAGAGAUAUCAUCGAUGGUUUUGGUUAAGAUGAAAGAGAUUGCCGAAGCCUAUCUGGGAUCGACUAUUAACAAUGCAGUGGUCACUGUUCCCGCCUAUUUCAACGAUAGCCAACGUCAGGCUACCAAAGAUGCCGGCGUUAUUGCCGGCCUGAAUGUCUUGCGUAUUAUCAAUGAGCCGACAGCGGCGGCCAUUGCCUACGGUUUGGACAAGAAGGGUACCGGCGAACGAAAUAUAUUGAUCUUUGACUUAGGCGGCGGUACUUUCGAUGUGUCCGUAUUGACCAUCGAUGACGGUAUAUUUGAAGUCAAAUCGACUGCCGGCGACACCCAUUUGGGUGGCGAAGAUUUCGACAAUCGUAUGGUCAACCAUUUUGUUCAAGAAUUCAAACGUAAACACAAAAAAGAUUUGACAGUCAAUAAGCGUGCGUUGCGUCGGCUGAGGACAUCGUGCGAACGGGCGAAACGAACCCUAUCGUCGUCAACCCAGGCGUCCAUUGAAAUCGAUUCGCUGUUCGAAGGCGUCGACUUUUAUUCGACAAUAACCAGAGCCCGAUUCGAGGAAUUGAAUGCCGAUCUGUUCAGAGGUACACUCGAACCGGUCGAGAAAGCCCUAAGAGAUGCCAAACUAGACAAAGGACAGAUCCAAGAGGUUGUAUUGGUUGGCGGAUCCACUCGUAUUCCGAAAAUCCAGAAACUCCUACAGGAUCUGUUCAAUGGUAAAGAGUUGAACAAGAGUAUCAAUCCCGAUGAAGCCGUAGCCUAUGGUGCAGCCGUUCAGGCGGCCAUUUUGUCCGGUGAUAAAAGCGAAGCCGUUCAGGAUCUGCUGCUUCUGGAUGUUACGCCCCUGUCGUUGGGCAUUGAAACCGCUGGCGGUGUAAUGACUGCCCUAAUCAAACGUAAUACAACUAUCCCGACCCGACAAACCCAAACGUUUACCACCUAUUCGGACAAUCAGCCCGGCGUACUGAUUCAGGUGUUCGAAGGCGAACGUGCCAUGACCAAAGAUAACAAUUUGUUGGGCAAAUUUGAAUUGGCCGGCAUUCCGCCCGCACCGCGUGGUGUACCCCAGAUUGAGGUCACUUUCGAUAUCGAUGCCAACGGUAUAUUGAAUGUAUCCGCCGCUGAUAAGAGUACCGGUAAAGAAAACAAGAUUACCAUUACCAACGAUAAGGGACGACUGUCGAAGGAGGAUAUCGAGCGAAUGGUCAAAGAAGCCGAAUCCUAUAAAGACGAAGACGAAAAGGUUAAGGAAAAGAUUACGGCUCGCAAUGGUCUGGAAUCGUAUGCCUAUAAUAUCAAACAGGCCAUCGAAGAUGAAAAACUCAAGGAUAAGAUCAGUGAAGAAGACAGGACCAAAGUCUUGGACAAAGUCAAUGAUAUUAUCAAAUGGUUGGACGCAAAUACUUUGGCCGAAAAGGAAGAAUUUGAACACAAACAAAAAGAAUUGGAAGGCCUAUGCAAUCCAAUAAUGACUAAACUAUAUCAAAGCGCUGGCGGUAUGCCCGGAGGUAUGCCCGGCGGUAUGCCUGAAGGCUUUCCCGGUGCACCAGGCGCUGGUGCUGGUGGUCCGACUCCCGGUGCCGGCGCUGGUGCCGGACCGACUAUCGAGGAGGUCGACUAAACUAAAUCACGUCACCACCACCAAACACACGAUACACAAAACAAAAUUGUUAUCAAUUGAUUUGUUUAUUGUUUUUUUAUAUAUAUUACUAUUACUAUUGAUAUCUAAUUAAUAAUAUUCAUCUCCUCAUUAUAUUAAUAUUAAUAUUAUUAUUAUAUAUUU